CAAACACUAUCGACGCGAAGCUAGCGUUUUCUACGCUAUAAAUAGCCCGGAGCAGAGAGCUAGGGUUUUUGAUAGUCUGUAUUCCCGCAGCCGCUUUUUAUCCACUACUCUCGCGAGCCCAACCAUGACUAAGAGGACGAAAAAGGCUGGUAUUGUUGGGAAGUAUGGUACCCGUUAUGGGGCUAGUCUGCGAAAGCAGAUUAAGAAGAUGGAGGUUAGUCAGCAUAGCAAGUACUUCUGUGAAUUUUGCGGAAAGUAUGCGGUGAAGAGAAAGGCAGUGGGUAUUUGGGGCUGCAAGGAUUGUGGCAAAGUCAAAGCAGGCGGAGCUUAUACAUUGAACACUGCUAGUGCUGUGACAGUUAGGAGCACCAUUCGGAGGCUGAGGGAGCAAACUGAGAGUUGAGCUGGCAGUGGUCCUUCAUAUGUUGAUUUUGAUACAUGUUUACUAAGUGUUGAAAUUAGACUUUGGCUACUUUCAGUAUCAUUUAAGAAUUUUGAAGAAUCACUUAUUAUAGUUGGGACACAAUGGAAAUUGUUGGACCAGAGUCGUCGUUUGAAACAAUUAUUACAAUUCUCUCAUGUGUGAUACGAAUUUGUAAUUGCUUUGAUUUUUGGUUUAUCAGCUGCUACUUUUGUUCUUUUUAUUGUCUGUGAUAUAACUUGAAGUUAUUGUGCAUGGUAUGUCUUCAAAGGUGGGUUCUUGAUUUCACCUUAUAACAGGAACUUCACUAAUUACGAUUUUUGGCCAGAGUUUCUUGAUUCUGUAAUUGCUUGAAUUGGUUUCUU